ACUGACAUACAAUCUGCCUUCCUGCAAUACUACACUCCAAUCAGCAUCAGUAGGGAAAAAAAGUCCACGUGAAGUGAAGUAAGUCGUGAGUAUUUAAUUGUGGAUCGCGUGCGGUGAGGCCCUGGUGGCUCUGGUGGUGGUGAAGGAUGACACGUCACGCAUGCGCAGACGUCCUCGAGGAAUGGAGAAGUUCGCUCGGCCUUCCAGCUGCUGCCUACCUCUUCUCUCUGGCGUCUGCCUGUUGUAUCAUCCUGUAUCCUGCCUCCAUCGUGAAGCUGUGGGUCUACGCAAUCAAUGACUGCACGCGACUCUACAAUUGUCGCUGUUCGAGGGAGAUUGCAAAGCCUUCAGUGGUUGGCUCUUGUCUCCAUAAACCUGUUUCUAGAGACGCGGCGUCAUGUUGGUGGAGCAGCUUACAUCAUCAUAGGAAGUAUCAGUCUGCCCAUCCUGAGUGUAGAGGCCCGGGAAGAACAUGGAGCUCCCUUGUGUCACUUCAUGAGGUUAAGUAUAUAUGCAAAACUAGUGUUCCUCUACUGAUGGGCUGGCAACUCUAUAACACUUACUAUGUGACAAGUCAAGGGUGACUAUCCCUUCUCCCGGCUGCAGCGAACAAGAAAUGAAUGGUGUACAGAGGGUAGAGUCUGCCCAAAACUUGCGUUAGCCUUCAGACAGUAUCCCUAUACAAAAUAAGGUAUCUCGUUAUUUGUUCUCUUGCACGUGUGAACCACAGUCUUUCAAACCACAGUCGCUCAAGUGAAGUUAUUGAUAAAAAAAAGUAACAGAUGAAUAUGGUGAGCUUAAGAGACUAGAUUUUUAAAUCAAUACACUUACGGGAACUUAACUCAAAAGAUUGCGUAGCGUAUUUUUUCGUUAGUCAGGAGAGAGGGAAGUAUUUUUUCGUUAGUCAGGAGAGAGAGAAGGCUUUCAAGAACCAUAAAAAAGACAGAAUUCUAAGUUAAAUCUAGAUUCUAAGUGAAGGGGAGGAAUAGCUUAAGUUUUUAUUGCACAAACUGUUAGAUUAGAAGGAAAGGAUGUUGAAAUUUUUUUGUACCAUCGCGUUAACAAGCUUGAUUAGACAUGUCAGGGAAAGUAUAACCGGUGGUUAAAAUUGAUGGUUAUACAGUGUCCUGGUACCGCUGGCACCAUCAAUCAUCAAUAUGUUCUGGUGUGGUUGAAGAGAAACACCGGGGCCUUUCCCUGUGUUUAUUGUAAGAUACAAAGCG